AUGGCCACCGAGAAGAAGGACAAGCUAGAACCCCAAAUAAAGUCGGUUGACAUGUCGGAAGACAUGCAGCAAGAGGCUGUCGAAGUUGCGAUCGAGGCUAUGGAGAAGUACCACAUUGAAAAGGAUAUUGCCCAGUACAUCAAAAGAGAAUUCGACUCUCGCAAGGGAGCCACAUGGCAUUGUGUAGUUGGAAGAAACUUUGGCAGCUUUGUCACACAUGAAACGAAGCAUUUCAUCUACUUCUACCUCGGACACUGCGCCAUCCUCCUGUUCAAGACCCAAUAA